AUGAGUUCUUCAGAAGGUGCUCAAAAUUUCGAUACAACGCUACAUAGAAUUAGCACACAUGCUGAUUCUGUCCAGGAAACAUUCUCAUCGAGAAGAUCUAGUACUUAUCCAUUGAAAUUCAGGAAAAACAAGUUUGUAGCUCUUGACAAUGGAAAGAAAGCUACAUUUGAAUGCCACGUGAAACCUCCUGUUAUAGGAACUUCAAAGCCAUGGAUAGAGCUUGAAACCGGCAAUAUCUAUUGCAUAUUCUUCUCAAACUCAAACAACAUGAAACCCCUCAAAGGAGCUUCAUCCGCGCUUCUUCUAGGACGCCUUUCUGUGUCAGGAACUAGAAAGACGAUGAACAUAACUUCAGAGAUCAACCAUGUCAUCAUUACUAUACUCGAGAACUCUGAUGUUCAAAUUCAUCGGCGGAAAGAAGAGUCCUUAUCAAUGAGCUCGCGGGUAGAUGUUAGUGUCCCAAAAAUUGACGUUGAAAUGACUGUCACGCUCUCAGCCGCUGGUCAGAAGAUGAUUAUCCGCUACGAGGUUGACGAAUCCCAAAAAACGGUGAACCCAUACCAUAACUUUUUACUCAUGGCGCCUUUCCUCAACGUCAUCGUGACAAUAUUUAUAGUCACAAGGUGUUUCCGCCGCAGCAUAUUUGACAACACAAGUGUUAGAAAAUCAGUUUCUCUAAAAUAA